AACAUUUCUAUUUUGGAACUUUGAAGAAGCGCAGCAGUUACUUGACGUUACAUAGCCUAUACUACUGGUACAAGUAACAGUUUGUACUUUUCAAGCAUUGCAACUCCGCCACUGCCCAGUCCCUUGUUCGCCCUCGCCUGAUGGAAUCGGAGGAAGGAGGUGAUCCUCAGCAACAGCGGCAGUUUCCGGCCCGAAAGUACCCGGUGAUACUUCACCGAAGUCUUGCGCAAGGACAACUGUUCAAGCUUCUGCAAGAUCACGAAGUUCUCAAACCGCGAGUGUCCACCUCGGUUUUGCCGAGAUCAUGCAUUAUACCAUCGCCAUCCAUAGCACUUCUAAUCCUCAAUAUUGACGAUAUCCAUGUUCUAAAGCAACCAGUAGGAGUGGAUAGCAGCAGUGGCAGCGGCACAACCAGCUCAUCAAAUAAUCUAGCUGAUGGUACGGUUGCUCAACUGAAUACUGCAAUAGUCAAAAGCGUGCAAGAAUUUAUCCGACUUCAUCGCAACUGCUAUGUUGUACUACAAGUAUGCGGCAAGCAGAUAACCAUUCAGCAGCAUACUGCGCUGGACGUCUUUCAGCGUAGGUUCUUCAAAGAAAACAUAGCAAUGGCUCUUGUGAAAGACAGUGCAGAGUGCGUGGCACUUAUCACGGACCUUACAAAGGUAGGACAAGCUGAGGUGCGGACAAAGCUUCACCAGCACCAUGCCAGGACAAUGCAGCAGGGUGGCGUACUGCAGCUCGAGAAGGUCAUCAGUCUACUGAAGCUAGCUGGAAUACGAAGCCAUGAUGCCAUUGUGCUCUACGACAGUUUCGGAAGUCUGGCCAACUUGGCGCAUGCCUCACUGGAGCAGCUCUCGCAGUGCUGUGUGCCGAGAAACGUCGUGCAUGCCAUACACGACUUUUUGCGCAGUGACUGCGUACCCAUUUAGUGCAUGCCACCCACAACUUUUUCCGCAAUGAUUGCGUACCCAUUUAGUGUGUAACGGAGUAAG